AUGUCCUCUUCAAUGACAAAUAAUAGUGAUAUUAAUACGAAUGAAAAUAAAUCUUUGUCUGUUACGCAACAAUAUGGUUUUUCACUCGAUAAUUUAUUUGAUAUAGCCCGGCAUUUUCUUAAAGAAAAGCAAGGCAGUAAAGCUAUACAAUUGAAAUAUGAUGAAAAACUACGGUUUGUCGCUUUAUCUAAACAAGCAACCAUUGGUAAAUGGGAAGCAUCGCACACAGAAAAUGUCGGUCUUCUUGAUGUUGUUGGUAAUGACCGAAAACAAUCGUGGAUUGCAUUAGGAGAUAUGUCAAAGGAGCAAGCGAAAGAAGAGUUUAUUAAAUUACUAUUAGAACGUUGUCCAAUGUUUCAACAUCAUUUGGAAGCACAUCAUGUGGAAAAUGAAGAAAAAGAUAGAUUAAAAAAGGAAGAUGAAGCUCGCCGUACAUUAGAGCAAGAAGCUCAACGAGUAAGACAACACGAACUCGAACAGGUGUCACGGUUAGAAGAACAAAAGAAGAAACGUGAAGAAUUUCAACGAAAACAAAUUCAAGAAGCUCUUAAUCAACAAACAUAUCCACAGUUCAAAACCUACGCAGAGCAACAAUUUAAAGAUAAUAGACAAGCACAAGACGAAUUAAUUCGUCAAUUACAAGAACAACAUUUUCAACAGUACAUGCAACAAGUUUAUCAACAACAGUUAAACCAACAACAACAACGCCGAAUAAAAACAAGCAUGGAACAACAAUCAACAAAUUCACCGCCAUCAGCAACAUUUUCACCAAACAAUCAAAUACCACCGCUUAACCCUGCGCCAACACAACUCCCACCCGUCGUUCAUCCACCACCUCAAUCAUUGACUAAUGGUAGUAAAUCUUUAGAAGAAACUAGAACCGAAUCAACUGUUCCUAUUCAAAAUCAAUUCGAAUCUCUUUCUCUUAAUUCUUCAUUACAAUCAUCUGCUCGCAGUGAUCUAUCUCCAUCGAAGUUUCCAUCCGUUCAAAUAAAUAAUGAGCUCAGUGGUUCACAACAAUCCGUUGAUGAUAAUCCAAUAGAUAACGAGGCUGCCAUGAAUCCAAUUGGUGAUUUAUCAAGUGACGAUGGCACACGUGAAUAUCCUAAUUUAGCACCAGCUAGCAUGUGGACACGUAAAGACAUCAAAGAAUUUAAAGAUACUGUACGCAAAGAAAAAGAUGCCGUUAUUAAAAUCGGUAGCGGCGAAACUGUUACAGUGCGCGUUCCAACACAUGAAGAUGGGCGUUGCAUUUUUUGGGAAUUUGCUACUGACUAUUAUGAUGUUGGUUUCGGUCUGUAUUUUGAAUGGAGUCAAGUUCAAUCGAAUACUGUUACCGUUCAUGUUAGUGAUUCAAGUGAAGAAGACGACGAGGACGGUGAAGAUGGUUCUAAUCAAGAAAAGAAAGAUAUUGAAAAAGGUUCAAGAACUAGUAAUAAACCACCAAAACCAUAUCAAGAUGAAAUAGUUCCAAUAUUUCGACGUGAUUCCCAUGAAGAAAUCUAUGCUGGCAGUCAUCCAUAUCCUGGCAAUGGAGUUUAUUUACUUAAAUUUGAUAAUAGUUAUUCAUUAUGGCGUUCAAAAACACUCUAUUAUCGUGUUUAUUAUUCGCGAUAA